AAUGAUUCGGUUUUCCUGUAUGCUUAGGUCAUAUAACUCUCCUUGUUUUGUUUUUGGUCAACGGACAACAGAAGAAGAAACCCUAGCUCGACUCUAACACAUUGAGAAACACAACAAUGGAGGAUUUGAACUUUCCUAUUUGCAUACUGAAAAUGGAUCUCCAGUGUUGCAAAGACUUCGCUUCCAGAGUGAAGAAGCGUCUCCGUAAAGUAAAAGGAGUUUACGCUAUUACCAUAGUCCCAGCCAAGAGUCUGAUCUUGGUCUCCGGCACAGCGGACCCUCCGACGCUCAUCAAAACCAUCGAAAAAAUCGGGCAAAGGCCUGAACUUUACGCCUACGAGAAAGACCCAGCAAAGGCUAAGACCCAGUUCGGCGCCUUGCUUAAGCGUUACGGCAACGAGGAAGAGCAUCGAGACGACAAACCGCCACCACUACCCGCGGCUCAAACUUGCCCGUUACCACCAGCUAGGGGUUUCGGGCAUCCGGUACGGCCGACGAUGCCGAUGUUUACGUUGCCGCGGACGGUGGGUCCGCCUGGAUGGUUGACACCGGGGGCAGUGAUGGUAAGGCACGAGGCGCCGAAGGUUGUGCCGAGGAAGGAGCCGGCCAAGUAUCCGUUGGAUUACUACGACAAGAUUGGUUUCCCUGCGCAUGACACUCCUUUCCGCUACUUCAGCGAUGAUCACGCUCAGCCCUGCUCCAUCAUGUGAUUUCGUUUCUUAAACCAAAACAGAGCAUUUGGAGCUGAGAAGAAAAAAAAAGUAUACAUUUCGAUAAAAAAAAAAACUUUCUUUGAUAAAGAUUGCGAUUAAUAAGAACAUUUAUUUGA